CGUUGUGUCGCAACAAGUUCAUCCGCGUGGUUUUAAGUCAAAAACACGGAUGAUUUAACUUCUUAUCGUAAAGCGGCGUUUUCUUCGGUCGGUUAUAAACUUCGUCAGUUUUAAAAAGUAAAUCUUGUGAAUUGUAAUAGAAAAAAUAUACAUAUGUAAAGAAGCAGUAUGCGAAAAAGUGAAGCCGUACAACUGCGUUUGGUGUCUUCGUGCCAUGAUGUACAAAGCGACUCGAAACAUAAGGAUUUCGAGUCCGCACCGAACUUUGUUGCCGGCAAAGUGUCUAGUUCUUCAAUUCAUGAAGUGUCUCAGGUAAGAACUACUUUUGACCGCUACAAAAUAGUUGUGUGAAAUAAUUUUUUCUCCGGUAAAAAGUCGUUCUUAGGCAACGUAAGUCAUGUGUUCAGGCAUGUUUAUAACACGUGGUGUCAACGGAGCUCUAAAUCUUUAAAUCCUUGCCAUAUAAAAACCCAUGCAACUUUGAUUGAAUUGAUUGAACAGAGUUAUUGAAAUUUUCGUCGAAUUUGAGCUAUUAUUGGUGAAAAUCAUCUUCACCAAACGACUCAUUAGCUACUUCGGGUUUUUUUUAAUAUAAUGUCUUCCUCAAAUUGAAAAGUUGACUCGACUCAGAAUCCAGAAUCUUGAUCAAUUUCCCAUUACAAUGAGCUCAUUAAACUUACCUUUGUAGAUGAUUGUCUUUAUGAUUAUAAAUCUAUUAUCAUAUGUUUGAUCAAAAUGCUAUGUCAAUGUUCUUCAAAAUGUGUACGUGACUUCAUGUGACUCUUUGUUAGACAAAGUGUUUUUUUUUUUUUUCUCGGGAUACUAGAACGACAUCGAGAGCAAGGGAACUUCUUCGAACGAGUUAGAAGAUGGUGAACUUAUUGAAGGUUAGUCGUGAGUUCUUGAUUUUUUUUAAUUCCAAUUCAAUGAAGGUAAGAAAUUCCAACGAUGGUCUUGAACCAUACAUGUAAAAAAAGAUUUAGAGAAAAUGAAUUGUGAAGGACCAGCUAAAAAAGAAACCUUUGAGAGCAGAAUAAGCCAAAAGAAAGUAACAGUACUACUUAUUUUUUUCCUUGCUCUUUGCUCUAACAAACCCAAAAAAUCCUUUACUUUUGUGAAAUUAAUGUAUUUAUAUACAUAGGUUAAAAUUUUCCCUGGGGUUGCUCGGGAAUCGUGACUUUUGAUAGCCAAUUUUUUUAUUUUCACUUGGCUGGUACUAUAAUUCAAGACAACCAAAGACCAAAAUUAAACUGGCCUCAAAGAUUAAACUUCAGAGGAAAAAACAUUAAAUGACCACAUGUCUUAGAGAAAGCAUGGCAUGUACAUCACUCAGUGCAAAUUGUUUGACUCCUGAUUUUCUCAAGGCUACACAUAAUCCCCUCUCGCUGAGGGCCACACUCGACAUUUUGAUCACAUAAUAAGUAACUUCACUGUUUAAUCCUUUAACUCCCAAGAUCCUACUGUUAAUCAUCCUCCCCAGCAAACUGCAACACAUUUCCUUGUAAAUUAGUUACCACAAUUCAUUGGUAGAUCUAGAUAGCAACGUCUUCCUAACAAGUUUGAGUAUUUUCAAUCCCUGUUUGCUAAAUAUUGUAUGGAUAUUAUAGGUUUAAUGUUAAUUUCUUGAGGGAGUUGAAGGUGUUUUUUCUAUUGUCACAAGCACAGUACAAAGAAAAAUGUGAAAUUCUCAUAAGGAAACAAACUUUGAACCUUAGGAUUCCAUGCUGUGAGGCUGAAAUGAAAAAUUUUGAAGUUCACUUCCACUUAAAGCUCAAUUUUUGCUUUGUCCUAUGCUUGUGGCAAGAUACAAAAACAACUUUCUUUAUUUCAUUACUGAGGUAAAAGCAACAAUCACUGUCUGAUGGCUGCCUUUUACAUGUUUCAACUAUCUAUUGGUGGUAAAAGUUUUUUGUAUGAUUACUUAAUAUGAUAGUGUCCUUGUCUGUGUAUAUUAAUUUUUCGUUAAGUGUGUAAUGGUCUCAUUUGAGCUCCACUCAUUGACAGGGAUUGAAGCUAAUGAUGUGAGCACCUUACUGGAGCAGUUUUUAGAGUAUGAAGAAAAGCAAGGUACGUCAUGGUCAUUAAACUAUACCUGAACUGCUGCACUCUCAUAAUUUCUUGGAUUUUGAGCUUCCUGAAAAUACCAAUAAUUUAAAAUCAAAUCAAAUCCGAUUUCCCUUGGAUUUCCAUCACACAUCUACUGCAAUUGUACCCUCAUUAACUCAAACCCUCAAUAACUUGAACCUCUCCUUAACUCAGAGCAAUUUUCAUUUCCAUUCAGGUCAUUCUUUUUAAAUUUUUACUAUCAUUACCUUGAAUCAUGUUGAACCACACCUGUCAAUAUGUGGCAAAUCAAAACAAACAGUGUACUGCGGUCCAAAACAUUUACUGUAAUUUAUUUUGAAGCAGCCUUGUAGUCUUUGUCCUUUUUCAUUUUCACCGAAACAUGUCAGUCCAGUUCAGGUUUUGUUGGUCAAAGUUACAUUAAACUUUAGUGCCUGUAUGUUCAUCUCCCAUUAACUUGAAGUUUUUUCAACUUCCCCUGAAGGGUUCAGUUAUGAGAGUUGACUGACUCAGAUCAAAAAUAGGCAGUCAGUUUUGGCAUGCUUUUCAAAUCAUAUAGGAAAUUAUUGAUUUGUUGCAAGGCAGGGCGUGAAAUUAACUUUUUUUUCUGAUAGCCACUUGGCUCCUAAAUUCUUCAAAGUGGUAGCCAAUUCCAAAAAAGUUGGUUGCCAUUUUCAAAGACAAACAAAAUCUUUCUUUAUGCUGUCAGCGUUCCAGAUAGACCCUCCACUGGACACUAGGAUGGAUGAUAUACAACGUUCAGGCUCAUCUAAAUCCAAGAUGGCAUCUAGUUAUCGAUCGAGAUGCAUGUGCUACGUUUUGGAAACAAACUUAAUGAGGAAGUUUGCCGCGGAUUUAUCUUUGCAAAUCUUUUAAUUAACUAUAUCUCUUAGUAAGGUUAUGAUGAAAUGUUCUUGUCAUGUAUUACUUAAGAACUACACACCCCAAACAAUAUGGCGGUUCGGCAAGUAAAAGACUGUUUAAUGAAGCCUCAUGCGUGCGCAUGAGCAAACCAUAUAUGGUAAUACACAACAUACAACACACUGGAAAACCAUAACAUUCCUCCACACAUAAAACGAUCUGUCCCUAGCUUUCAAAACAAGCCCUAAAAUACAAUUUCAAGGAAAACAUUAAAUAAACCAACAGUGUCCGGUAACCACAGUUCGAAAGGUAAGAACGACCUUUAAACAAGAAAACGAACAGAAUAAAACAAAGUUCAGAGAUCAAGCCUCUGUGGUGCCCUGCGAACUCUCUGAGGGUGUUGUCGCAUUUUGACCAUCGGACUAACUGUAGCUGGUUUAGCAUCAGGAGGGUCAGGUACCGUAGGUGUGGAAACAGGAACCAUCUUUGGUUGAUCUUUUUUGGAACCUCCUGGAGCUGUGCCGCCCUCAGUGGUUGGAGUACUUGAUGUAAUUGGGGUCAGUGGUGUGUUGGCCAUUUCAGGUUGGCUGACUUCAACACUACAGUCGGCGUCAGUGCUUUCAACUGUGUGUCCAACUGCCGUUGGUCUCAACUGAUCAAUAUGUCGGCGCCAGGUCAGUCCCGGUGCCACCUGUACCUCAUACAUCAGCGGACCUGUUUUGUUAACAAUCAGCCCUGGACGCCACUUCAGAUCCCCUCGAUAAUCCCGUGACAUAACUGAGUCACCAAUCUCUAACUGGCGAUACUGUUUACCCUUGUCAAUCGCUGCCUUAAUGCUCUGCUGGUGUUGUUGGUUAACCAUCUUACGGUUUAAGUUAGGUUUCACCAAAUCUAGGAGAGUACGCAAUGGUCUUCCCAGGAGUAACUGUGCUGGGCUCUCACGGUGGUGGAGUGUGGAGUGUUCCUGUAAGCUAUGAGAAACUUCGCCAACUUCUCCCUCACUGGCUUGGGGCUUUGACGCAUGGAAGCAUAAAAAGCCUGUUUGAAGGUUUGUACUGUCCUUUCCGCAAGACCAUUCGUCGCUGGAUGGUACGGUGCUGAAGUUAUAUGGCGGAUGCCAUUGGACUUGACAAAUGUCUGGAAUUCCUCCGAAACAAACUGUGUACCAUUGUCACUGACUAUCUGUUCUGGAAUUCCAAAUCUGGCGAACAAAUCGCGUAGAAUUUCGAUAGUCGAACUUGAAGAAGUUGACUUGACUGGAACCACUUCUGGCCACUUGGUGUGUGCGUCGACAACCACUAAGAACAUCGAGUUCUGAAAUGGCCCUGCGUAGUCGAUGUGUAUACGCUGCCAUGGUGUAGUGGCCCACUCCCACGGAUGUAGUGGUGUUUUAGCAGGCAUCUUCUGAUUUUGCUGACACCCGCUGCAGCCUUUUCGCUAGCUCUUCCAGAUGACCAUUGAUAUUAGGCCACCAUACGUAGCUCCUCGCGAGUGCUUUCAUUUUGACCAUGCCCAGAUGCCCAUCAUGAAGUUCCUCUAACACUCUGCUUUGUAACUUAUUGGGAACGACCACUCUCAUUCCCCAUAGGAUGCAGCCUUGGUGAACCGUCAGUUCAUUGCGUCGCUUCGUAAUAAGGCUUGUCUCCCUCCACGCGUGUAGACCAUCCUUUCACGAUAGAAUCAUGUAUCCUCGCUAGGACAACGUCACGGCGUGUUUCUCUUGCCACUGCUUCACUGGUUAUAGGUAAUGGCACAAACUGAGAGGCGUGGAACACCUCUGUUGAAUCCACCUCCAAGUCUUCUCGCUCUUUCUGCUGGAGAGGGAGCCGCGACAGUCCAUCGGCAUUGCAGUGUUUGGUUGUACUCUUAUACUCAAUGAUAUAGUCGAACCCAGACAAGAACAAUGCAUAUCGCUGAAGCCUUGCAGCAGUCAUGGCUGGAACUCCCUUUCCUGGGUGGAAGAUGGCAGUGAGGGGCUUGUGGUCUGUAAUGGCGUAAAUAAAUCGUCGCCCAUAGAGGUAAACAUGAAAUCGUUUCACCCCCACACAAUGGACAAUGCCUCCUUGUCUAUCUGUGCAUACCGUCGUUCAGUCUUGGUCAACGAUCGGGACGCAAAAGCUACCGCCUUUCGCUACCAUCGGACAUGACGUGUGACAGAACCGCGCCGAUGCCAGUUGGUGAAGCAUCACAUGCCAGCCUAACCGGUAAUGCUGGGUCAUAGUGCGUUAGCACCUGCUCAGAUGUAAUCAUACGCUUAGCCUCAGUGAGCGCUUCGCUCGCACCGUUCAGUCCACUGCCAUUCGUUGUUUUGCUCUAACAACUGGUGAAGUGGGUGGAGAACUGUAGACGCAUUGGGCAAGAAACGGUUGUAAUAGUUUACGAGCCCUAAAAAUGAGCGAAGCUGUGACACAUUCUCAGGUCUUGGUGCACUGACCACUGCUUCAAUCUUCUCUUGUGUCUUGUGUAGACCUUCCUUAUCGAUCUCAUGCCCACAAAACUGAACUCUAUCUUUGAAGAACUCGCACUUUUCCUUGUUAGCCUUCAGACCCGCAACUUGUAAUCGCUUGAGUACACUCUCCAGGUUCUCCAAAUGUUCUUCAUCGGUUUUGCCUGUGACAAUCAUGUCAUCAAGGAUGCACUGGGUCCCAGGUAUUCCCUGUAAUACCUGGUCUAUGGCACGCUGCCAAAUGGCUGGAGACGAAGAGAUGCCAAAGACUAAGCGAUUGUAUCGAAAAAGGCCCUUGUGUGUAUUAAUCGUAAGGAGUUCCUUGGAUCUUUCGGUUACUUCCAUCUGGUGAUAAGCUUGGCGAAGGUCAAGCUUGCUGAAAUGUCUACCGCCAGCCAAAUUUGCAAAAAUAUCCUCUAUACGUGGCAGAGGGUACUGUUCUGCAAGAAGUACUGGGUUCACUGAGACCUUAAAAUCGCCACAAACUCGUACCGAUCCGUUUCGCUUGACUACCGGGACAAUUGGGGUCGCCCAUUCACUGUAUUCUACUUUAGAGAGAAUACCUUCCUUCUCUAAGCGUGUCAAUUCUGCUUCUACUUUGGGGCGGAGUGCGUAUGGCACUUGGCGUGGUUUAUGAAAGCUGGACUGGCAGCCUUCCUCGACCUUCAAAUCCGCCUUGUAGCCUUUAAGUGUGCCCAGAUUUUCGGAGAAAACAGACUCGUACUUCUGUAGUAGCUGAUCCACUUUGCGUGCCAUACCCCCUUCUGAAGUCUUGCUAAGCUUAAAGGUUUUGAUUUCACCCCAGUUCAGUUGAAUGUUGGACAGCCAGUCACGCCCAAACAGUGCUGGUCCCUGCGUCUCAACAACUUGUAGGUUUAACUCUUUUUCCUGGCCCUUGAACUUAACAUUACAUCUCAUCUCUCCCUUAGGUGUGAUUUUCUGCCCAGUGUAUGUCUUAAGUGUCACAAGGCUCUUUGAAAGUUUGACAUGAUUAAAAUGUUCCUUAUAUUGUUUGUAUGGAAGUACAGACACCGCUGACCCUGUGUCUAGUUCCAUCUUGACCACCUUUCCCUGUAUUUUGGGGUUGACCCAUAUUACGUGAUCCUUGUCACCCACAUUAUUAACCUCAAGGGAUGCCAAAUAAUCAUCGCUGUCCCCGUCAUCGCUGUCUACAUAAUUUACUGGGGUUGGGAAACUUGUGUCUCUUUUUCUUUGAUUUACAAGCCCUCACAAUGUGACCAGUCUUGUUACAGUGGUGGCAUUUUUCUUUCUUGAAUGGACAACUUUUGUGAUCAUGAAUUCCCAAACAGCGGUAGCAACUUUGAUCACCCGUUCUCUUGGGGAAAAAGAACCCUUUUUCUCUGAAAGCUUGGCUUCUCUCUUGAAUUUAAGCUUCUUGCCUGGCUUUGAUUUGGCUAAUAGAUCGAUUGAUUCUGACGCUUUAUUCCCUGGAGAGCUUCAACAUCCUUGUAAGAUUGCUCAAUAGCUAAGCACUUUGCAACAGCAAUGUCAAAUGUUAGUUCCUCAAGCUUAAGUUUCAAAAGCUCUGACAUCAUUCUCUUAUCUCGAAUACCCGAAACCAGUCUAUCUCUAAGCCUUUCCAAACGCAUGGCGUCGUUAAAUUUGCAAUCCAUAGCUAGAUGUUUCAAAACAGCAACAUAUUGACUCACCGUUUUCUCCUGCGUUACGUGCUCGGUUGUCAAACUCAUACCUGGCUACUAAAGCAGACUUCUGUGGCUUCAAUUGUUCGCGGAGACGCUCUACGAUUGCGUUGUGCGUGAGAGAAUCUUCUCCUAACAAGGUCGGAGCCAUCAAAUCUUUCGCCAGUUGGUACGUUUCAGUGGGAAGAUUGGUUAACAGGAUGGCUUUCUUCUGUUUCAAGCGUCGGUCACUCCAUUGGCCACGAAGAAGAAUCCUAACUGUUCUGUAUCGCCUCAAGUCAGUUCCCACAGUGAACUUUUGAACUUUUCCGAUGUUACGAACUGGAUUUGGUGCCGUAUUUGCAUCGCUGGCCAUCGUGGACGUUAUGUGGAUUUAGUUUAGGGAUGUCUUCACUUUUAGCAGCCCAAAAGGUCCCUUAACAUCCCAUCCUCGUCGCCAAAAUUGUCAUGUAUUACUUAAGAACUACACACCCCAAACAAUAUGGCGGUUCGGCAAGUAAAAGACUGUUUAAUGAAGCCUCAUGCGUGCGCAUGAGCAAACCAUAUAUGGUAAUACACAACAUACAACACACUGGAAAACCAUAACAGUUCUAGUUGCCAAUUUGGCAACUAACUUUCAGGAUUUGGUUGCCAAAGUGAAAAAUUUAGGCGCGUUGGCACCUGUAUUAGGCACAAUUUCACGCCCUGCAAGGGUCAGGCAAUCAGAAACAAGGAAUGACAAAAUAAAUGCAAAGUCUCCCAAGAUUUUGAAGUCUGAAGCUCUUCUGCAGCAAACUUGUUUGUGAAACUAAGUUACUAUGUGGCAAGGGUCCUGUGUACCGUCAAAAUGUCAAAGGCACUAUAAGAUGACUCCUAGUGUGACAAGGGAUUGUUAAUUAUCUUAUCUAAUUCCUGUUUUCCAAGAGGUGCAAUGUAGGGACGAGGCUUUAAUAGAAAUAUCUGUGGUAUUGCAAAAGCAUGAGAGAAAACUCUUAGUUUUGUGACUGUUUAGUUUAGUGGUUGUAAAUUUUGUCAAUUCUUUAUUCAAAUUUUUUUUUCCAUGUCUGUCCCUAUAGGUUCAAUGGAUUGCUGCACACCUCAGCUUUCCUCUCUGUAAGUAUUUGUCUGAACCCUUUAGACUUUAACAUCAGUGUGCAUAUUCUCCAUACUGUUCUCUAUACAUUUCCUAAGAUGCUGACAAGGAGAGUUUGUUUAACAAUCAAGAGCAUCUUUAGUUGGUGAUCAUUUUCUCUAUUCUCAUGACCAUAAUAUGUGAUUCAAGGAUGAUACAGCAAGGAGAAAUUAGAUGCUUAUCACUCUUGGAGUGUAAAGUGUUUACAAAAUACAGUAGUAGGUUGAAUCCUGAGAGAGAUGCUAGUUUACAGGUUGCUGUUAUGAAGCACUUUGCCUCUAUUGCUUCAAGGGACAAAUCUUAAGGAAUCAUUUUCUUGUUGCUCUCAGAUUUUGAUUUUGAGAUUUUUUUUUUUAAGUUUGUGUUCUUUGAUAUGAAUUUCCACUAAAAUUAUUUUCUUCAUACCAACAAGUUGUUGCUGUAACCUUCUUUGAAGUUGUUUUGUAGCAAGGUGCUGCUGUCUUUUUUUGCAAGUUGUGAAAUGGAAAUCUCCUAAGGGGCAUUGUAUGUUUUUAUAAUUUCAGGAAAGAUACAUCUUGUGAAAUGCAGACUGUUUCAGACAAGAUCAAUUCAUUUGCUGAGAAACAUGAGCUGAAAUUUGACAUUCCAUGUGAUGUAGAAAAUAGGGGCUUACCUUCCCUUGCAGAGGAGAAUUCUGCACAUUUUCAUUCUGCCGAAAAUAAAGAAAAUCAAGAAGUUCAUGGAACAACGAGUGGUGGAUCUUCUCACAAUGAUGUAAAAGGACAGGAUGAAAAUUCUAAAACUGUUAAGAAUUCCCAUGUUGAUAAUCAUGCAACAGAUCACAACUAUGCCUGUAGUGGAUCUCCACUGAGAAAACCUAUUCAGUUGAAACCAGAAGAUGACAAUACUUUGAAAGAGUCUAUUCUGAAAUGUAGUCCUCAAAAGUCUCUGGACAUGGAGAAUCAUCAUCACUCUAUUUCUGAAGAAACUGGUCCAAACCGUUACUCACACAAGAGAAGGUUAAGCUGUGAUGAUCAUUCACCAGACAGAAAGAGGAGACUUCCAAAGCGCUAUAGAGGUGCAUACUGUGAGGAGAGCUGUGGUGGCGAAAGCAGUUGUGAUGAAGAGUAUCGCUACAGGGAAAUGAGCACUGACAAAGAUAAAGACCAUAGGAGACAGAAUAGUUAUCAGAAGUUUAGUUACAGCUCUGAUGGAGACAGAAGUUGUUAUAAAGGAAGCAAUCGUAGACACAGCAUGUGCUCAAAUGACAGUUAUGAUGGACGAGAGUAUUCCAGUUCAGAUGAAGAGUGUAAAAAUGAAAGGACAUCCCGAUAUGAUCCUAGACGUUCUGAAUCUGACUGGCGGCGCAAGCAAUCAAGUGGUAGUGACAGAGAAGCAGACCAUCACAGGAGCCCUCACAACAGAAGAAGGAGGAGGAGGUCUCAGAGUAAAGACCCCACUGAAAAGAGAAAUGGUGUCACAAAGAACAAAACAUUCCAUGAUAUUGAAUUUGAAAGAAAACUAGAGUUCAAGUUUGACCAUAACAUCAGGAACACUGCAAAGGUACAGGGAACAUUUUCUUUUGUUGUUUUGUUUGAUUGCUAAAACUACCAUUGAAACUACCAUGCAGUGGCUAUCCAAAACAGAGGUUGUGUGCAUUGUGUGGUUGCUUGAUUUUUUUUUUUACAGUACUGUAAUUUUUAGGUUGGUUGGAGUCAACCACCAAUUUCACAAUUGGUGGUUGAACCCCUUUAACUUCCAGAAGUGAUUAACAUGUAACUUCUCCCAAUGAUAUCCAUACAUUAGCCAACAAAUAGGUAAUGAGUAUUAGAGAGUAAUUAAAUAUUAUCAACUGAGUUGAUUAUGUAACUUGGCCACUGUAAAGAGUUUCAAAGCUGACCUUUCCAGCAUUAGCCCUUCGUCAGAGCGAAUGGAGCAAUUGUGGGUUGUGUGUGUGUUUAUAUGCAGAAAUGGAGCUGCACUAUCGGUGGGAAUAUGGUGACAAGAAAACAAGAAUAAGUUUGUUGAAUGAAAAAUGCACAAUGAUAUUUAAAUUAAGAGUGCCGAUUUGAAAGAUAAAUUUUGGUUCUAGAGUUUUGUGGCUUUCUGAACUGCCUAGAUGUAGGGAAAAACUGCAAACUGCCAUAAUGCUUCUUGGAAUGAUUAGGGAGAUCGAGUAUGCUUGGACAGGUGAAAGUUGUCACUUGAUCUAACACCAAAUUAUUGUGACUAAUGUACAAGGAAGUGUGUAGCAGCUAGAGGGGAGGAUUGCAUGUGAAAAUCAAUUGUUGGGAGGUUAAGGGUUAAUAUAUCAAGUUCAUGGACAUUUCAUGUUUAAUCAUUAAAUAUCCUUGUUAAAAGACAAAAUUUAAUUCUGUUGAAGAUCAACAUUGUAAUGCAGUCACAUUUUGCUUAUAUGGUCAACUCCCUGCUAAUGAACACUCGGGAGAGCAGACAGUUCUACUUGCAAACGCUUUUUUAAUUCCCCUUUUUACAUCCCAGUAACACCCCAUGCAUAUUAACUGACUCAUAGCAAUGAAGUUUGUAUUUAGUUUGAAAAUUAUCAAAAACAAGUGUGGAUCACUUUUGUCAAAUCUCUAUUUGUCCAGGGGAAGGCAGACUGUCUGUUCACAUGACUAGUAAUUACAAUCCAGUCAUAAACUCUCCCUUAGCAGACAUCCUCCCAAUUUUUUCAGUGUCCUCUUAUGGGAUUAAUUCUUGUAGGUGGACAGCUCAAAAGUUCAAAAACUCUUUCAGUUGAAGAUCAAAACAAGAAAAAAAUAAUAGUUAAUGAUGAUCGUUCUAAAAUUUUGAUGUUCUAUAUGAUUGUAGGAAGAGAGGCGUAUUGUGUACAUUGGAAAAAUAUCCAACAAGACAACAAAAGAUGAUGUAUUCAGCAGGUUUCGUCCAUUUGGGCCAAUUGAAAAAGUUACUGUCCACUUCAGAGAGAAAGGGUAGGGUAUACUUUUGUUAUAAGAAAACUCCAAUAUCAGAUGAAAGUUUCCAUUGUUUAGCUGAUGACAGAUUUUUAAUUUGCACCAUGGCUGUGACAGUUCUCUUCCUUCACCUAUAAGUUGCUUGAAAAGAUUUGUUUCAAGUUUCAGCAUUAGUUUCUUUUUUAACUUUCUUAACAGUUAAAGGUUUGAUUUGUUUUUGUUUGUCCACAGCUGAAAAUGCAUUUUUUCUACCUUUUUUCCAACAGGGACAACUAUGCUUUUGUGACAUUUUUUGAAACCUCCUCUGCUGCUGAAGCUAUUGAAAGUGAGUGUUGUUAGAAAUUUAGAAUCUUCUAAGAGUCCUUUUUCAGUUUAGCUUUUGUAUGAUUUUAGGUGAUGAGAAAAAUCUCUUAUUUUAAGAUAAUUAUUUCCUUAGGGGGAAAUGAAGAUUCACGCCUUCCUGUCUUGGAUCUUUGCUUCGGUGGAAGAAGGAAAUUUUGUGGUGGUAGCUAUGUAGACUUUGGUGAGUAUUUUUUGAGCUUUGGCAUACAUGUAAUUUUGUAAUGCCUUUCACCUGUUCUUAUUUAUUUAACCGAUUGGAUUGGUUAUUCAAACAAGGUUUAGCUGUUGUUUGACAAAACCACAUCUUAAACAAUCCUCAAUUUAGCUGAAACUUAUACCUAAACAUUUAUUUUUGUGAACAUUGUCAUGAGGGCCAAAAGCAUAAAGUAGAAGGGUAUUAAUGUAAUCAAAUCAACUCCCUUAUAGAGAAAGCCUGAGGCCCGCAGAUUGCAUAAAACUGUGGUUUACAUGUACUGUACAUGUAGGUUAGACGUCAUGUAAACCAGCCCAUCAACUCCCAGAAGUGAUUAAACUGUAAUUUCUCCCUCUAAUGUCCACACAUUAACCACCAAAUAGCAGGUUAUGGGAAUUUAUUCCCUCAAACUUAUUAGAUAAAAGUUGUUAUCUUGAUGUACAUGUAAUACCAAAUUCUUGUACAUGUAACUGAUUUACAAGGGAAUGUGUAGCAACUGGAGGGUGGAAUGAACAAUUAGAUGAACACACCCCACCCUUGGUUUUGAUUUGGAGGAUAGUCUCUCAUAGAUUCUGUGCUGUAACAGAAAGGAGAAUGACCCUGAAGAUCAAAGUGACCUUUUGAAUCUUACUCUCAGAUAAGGUUCUGAAAUGUAUAGGAUAAGAAAGACAAAUAGUUUUCUGUUAGCCCCAUCAGUGGGUAAAGAGAGAUUUUUCUCAUUUUCUGACUAUGGAAAAAUUUGAUUCUCAGACUCGAAUGCCAGUUAUCUUGAAGAACAGGAGCUGAGCCGACCACCAUCAUCAGAUGAGAUGGAUUUUGAUGCCCUACUUAGAAUGUCACAGAAAAGUUUAAAAAGCAGAAAGGAAUCUUGCAAGGGAAGAUAUAUGUACUAAUGUAGAGACAAAGAUGUUGGUUGUUAAAGCUGUGUCAUUAGAUGUCAAGAUAGUGGUUGAGGUAGAUUCACUGGUCAUUACUUGGUCCGUAUUUUGUUAUAUGGAGUGUUUACUAAGAAGUGCUCAUAACUCUUGUAUUUUUAUGCAUGAAAAUUAGCAAAUUCAAAAUAAACAAUUUUGGUGUGAGUGUUGUGUAAUAAACUACUAACUAGCUUUGCUUGCUCAAGCUGUACUGAGAAAUAUUGGCCCCGGUUUGUUUUUUACAGACCUCACUGAGCUUGGUCCUUAUCUUGGGUCAAUAUUUCCCAGUUUGGCCCUCAUACUCUGUUAGUAAGAAGUUAAUAGUUUCACAGGGAGCAGAGAAGUCAUAUUUGAAUGCAUUUCUUGUAAAAUGUCUAAUGGCUGCCAAACUUGAUCUUAUUAAAUUGCUUUAUAUAAAUGCAGUCAUAUUACAAGGUUUUUAAAAUUAUAUCCACUUAGAUCACACAUUACUUCCUGUGAGUCCACUUCCACACCACUUAAUUUGUGCUUAACAAGGAAAGCUUCUCUUUCCAAGUGGGUCUAGAAUGGAUCAUUAUUGGGGGUGGAAUUUUAACAGACAUGCAGUGCAAUUGCAUUUUAUAUAUGCCGAGUCAGUGAGAUUGACUCAAACAGUAUUUUGGUAGUAAAUUUGGCUAGAAAUAUACAUGUAGUCAACUAAAGCUCAUGUGUUCUCACUGAAACAUUCAAGAAUUUAAAAUGUAGACUCAAUGUUAUGAACUACAAUAUUAUACAUAAUUCUCAAUUUUGUACAGUUCACACUAAAGGACCUUGAAGUAUUUUUGACAAAUGAUAUUAUUUUCAAUCUAAUAAUUGACACAAUGUGGAAGAAAUUUUGUGAUGAGUGUACAUGAAGUGUAGAAAUAUUGACAUAACUGAAAGACGAUCAGUUUUAAAAUUUUCAGACAAUUUUCAUCCGGUAUUGAAUUCAUAAGCAAAAAACAAGUAAGCUACAUUAUAAGUGUAUUUUGUGGCAGUAGAAAGUACUAACAUUGAGCGUUUAAUCUGUGCAGAUGAAUUUAAUGCCAGAAUUUAAAAUUUUUUUAUGGUAUCAAAAUCUCAGUGAUUAACAAUUACAUCUUUCAACAUUCACAAGAAAUUUUUUAAGUAAUUCUGGUAAAUGCACUGGAUUAAAGGUUUUCUUUUUUUGAUAAACUAGACAUUAAGUUUAACUGAGUUAAAUAGUUACCUUGAAUUGAACACCACAGUUUUGUUGACACUUUAUUUUUUAUCUGCAACUGUUGUUGAAUUUGAAUACUAUAUAUUGGUUCUUGAGAAGUAUUUCCUAGCUAGAUAUCCUAUAUGAGGGAUUUUUAGUCUCUAGUCAACAUGUACAUGUACUGAGUGACAAUCGUGUAGUUAUAGAAAAUAUGUCAAAUUUAAGUUUACUAAGGACAGUGCUAAACCUUUUUCACUGAGAUAACCGUUGGACAAAUAAAUAUUAGAGAAAAAGUAGGAAAGGAGAUGCUUGUUUAACAAUUUAGAUCAACUCUGUG